GUCCACUCAUUUGUCUUAAACUAAAAUACAAUGGCUAACACUUUGCUAGCAUUGCUUUUUGUGACCACAGUGGUGUCAGUAGCCUUUGUGUUUGGGCAUGGAUUCUGCAAAAAUCCUCCGAACAGGUCAUCGAUGUGGCGGUUUGGAUUCAACACGCCUGUCAACUACGAGGACAGCCAACUCUGGUGUGGAGGUUAUCAGGCUCAGCACGGAGUAUUUGGUGGAAAGUGCGGUCCUUGCGGAGACUCCUACGGGGACGCCCGUCCUAGAGCGAACGAAAACACCGGAAAAUUCGGCCGUGGCAUCGUGGUCAGGAACUACACGCAAGGUCAAAUCAUCACGACCACUUUCGAAAUCACUGCCAGUCACAUGGGAUGGAUUCAGUACAGCAUUUGCAAAUUGAACGCCACAAACCAGCUGGAAACCGAAGAGUGUUUUGUACCGCUGCAGUUGAAAAAUUCGACUGAGACGAAAUACGUGCUGCCCGACGCUAACAUCGGCGAAACCACGAUUCAGUUGCAGCUGCCGCCCAACCUAGUGUGUCAAAGGUGUGUCCUGCAGUGGCACUAUCACACCGCUAACUCGUGGGGAACCUGCGAUGAUAACAUCACCGGCGCAGUGGGCUGCGGGCCCCAGGAGACCUUCCGCUCCUGUUCCGACGUAGCCAUUCUGCACAAAUUAUAGCAACGUUUCUCCAUCCGCGUCAGAGACUUCUGUAAGUCAUCUGUCAAGGUGCACUCGAAGAAGCAAAGUAAAUUUUAAAAUAUAUAAACAUACAUAUCGUGUAAUCAUCAGACGCAUUAUAUCACGCGUUCAAAUUAGUUAAUCUUCAGGGGUCCUCCCUGAUUUUGCAUUUGAUUUAUAUCAAUCUUUUUACAAUCAACCAUUUUUGUAAGUAAAGAAGUCGAAAGACGACAAUAAAAAACUGUUAUGAUGA